CGCAAAUUUUUAUAACAUUAAAAAUACCUAAUUAGGACUUAUAUUUGCAAUCUAAACUAAAAAAGACACUCAGUCCAACAAAAUCUAGACUCAAAAAUAUUUAAAGGUCGUACAAAAAUUUGCCUCCGAGCGAAAAUCAAGCCCACGCUCUCUAGCAUAUAUUCCGAGAGCCCACUAAGAUCCUUACAAUGAUUUUUUUAUGUUCCGCCCCAGUUGGCAGUACUAUUAAAACACACCUACACAUUUAAUCACUUAAACCUUUUAACAUCGAAAGAGUAGACGGAACUGCAAGUAUUGCGUCAAUAAUUCGCCUUGCUUGCGAUGGAGGCGACUCUAUCUCCAUAGAGAUACAAAUUCUAAUCCGUAAAAUGAAAUAAAACCUUUGUUAUCUGUAACAUUAUGUCCAUAGAGACCAUUGAAUGUUACGUCAAUAACUUUUAAAUUUUCAAUUAUUUACAUUGUAUUACGGCAAAACUGUCGGAAUAUUGAUCAGAAAAAUAAAAAAUAAAGUAGAUAUCGGAGUAGUACACGAAGAUGCCCAUUUUAGUGAAGGAUUACACAUGGACACAAACUGAGUCCAUGAUACACAUCAGAAUACCCUUGAAACAAGUAAAACAUGAGAAAGUAGAUAUAUUCACAACUGAUUGCUAUAUCAAAGCGCAUUUUAGCCCGUUUUUAUUUGAAGUGUUUCUGUUACACGCGGUAGACAAUAAUAAAAGCAAAUGCCUUAUAAAAGAAGACCUUAUUAUCUUUGAUUUAACUAAAAAAGAGAAUUUUGAGUGGGAGUCAAUCCAAAAAGAGUUGACUAAAGAUGAGAAAAAACAGAUGAAGGAAGAUAUGUUUCAAAAAUGCCACGAGGAGGCUAAACAACGGUCUGAAGAGAAAAGUAUAAAGAAAUCUGAAAUGGAUAGGUUUACUGUUCAACGAGCUAUGGAUUUAGAUAGCAGACAGCAUGAGCUCAUGGACUCGAGAAGAGAUUUGGAAAGGAAAAAAGCAAUGGACGAACUGGAAGAAUGGAGACAGCAAGCAGAAAGUCCAAAUCAAAAAGCUAAAAUUGUAGAAAUAGACGACAGUAAAGCUGUAGUUCCAUACAAACAGGAAAUAAAAGCAGAAAUAAAAGAGAAAGGAGAACCAAUAAUUAAUCCUAUAGAAACUAAACCGAUACCAAGUAAGCCGCGUAAUAUACCAGUAAGGUCGGAAUUCGUCGAAAAGAAAAAGAGAGAAGCAUCGGUUCGCGUCUUGCCAAGAUUAAGAGAAACCGGUCAGUUGGAAAUAAGACACACUCAACGCACAUUCCCAACGCCCAGUAGAGAGUCUACUGCUGAAGAGGAACAAGCUUGGUUGAAGAAUAUUACUUUGGCGAGAAGAGCCACAGGAUUCAUAUCGGAAGACCUCCGGCCCGAGGAGCAGGAUCCUCAGUGGUGUAAGGAGAAGGGCGACGAGUUCUUCAGGAAUGGUAACUUCCUGGGAGCCAUCAGCGCGUACUCGCACGGCAUCACUCUCUCCGACAAGCUGCCGAGCUUGUUCGCUAACAGAUCCGCCACGCAUUUUGCGCUUGGGAACUUUAAUAAGUGUGUAAACGACUGUUCAGCGGCCCUGGAUCUCAUGAAGCCACCAUGCGAGAGUAACAGGCGUAGUAGGGCAAAGUGUAUCGCGAGACGUGCCGCAGCACUCGCCCGUCUUGGGUACCUUAACAAAGCCAUCGACGAAAUGAAGGCAGCGUCCAAACUGCUACCAGAAGACGAGAAAAUAAAGAAGGACGUGUAUGAUAUGGAGAGGGCGUGGGAACAAAAUCCAGAUUCUGAUUGAGUUGCAUUGUCGCGAUCGUAUAGCUUACGGUUGAUUAAUCUUUCAUUUGGAAUCAGCAGCAUUUCGCGCGCCAGCGGGAUAUUACAUAUAUUAUGCUAUUAGUCGUAAUGUUUAUAAUAAUCAUUCAUCAUAUUGUUCAGCGUACGUGUCGACCAAAACAUCCAACGGGUUUUAUGUCCAAAUAAUGAACGAAGAACGCUGCGAGUAAUAAAUUUGGAUUAUGCAAACGAAAGAGAUCAACCGCAAACUGAAGCGACCGCCACGUUACCUUUCGUCAUAAAAUACAAAAGUAGUUGUAUUUAUUUAUUAAUAAAUAAAUGCGCCGAAAACAUGUUUA